AUGAUAACUGGAGUAAUAAUUUUAGGAAUAUUUCAAGUUAUCUACUUAAUAUUAUGUAUUAUAUUGUUCAAAAUUAAGUCUUGGAAAUGGAUUUCAGAUCCAAUAAAUCAAUUAGAUGAUAAAUUGAAAAAAGUACAUAAUAUUCAUCAGUUUGAAAAAGCAUUAUCUCUAAUGACAAUUUCAUUUCUUGGAAUAUGGAUAUUCCUAACGGAAGUAAUUGAUAGUCUUAGUAUUAAUUAUUAUUUUUAUAAAUUACUUCCUUUAAUAUAUUUUCCGACUACCAUUAUUUUAAUUAUUUCUACUUCUAUUGUUUUAGUAGCAAUAGAAAAAGAAUCAGUUUCGUUACUUAUUUUAUUUUACAUAGCAAGUUUUCUUGGAUUAGGAAUAAUUGCACUUAGAUUUAUCGAAAAUUUCCAUUUUCCUCUUUAUUAUGCAUUAACUAAAGAGAGAAUUAUUUUUGGUAUUCUUGCAGCAAUUUCUCUAAUAAUUUUUAAUAUUAAUACAAUCUUAUGUCAAAAAAAUUUCAACAAAAAAUUUUAUCUACUGAACUAUGAAAUAGAAAUGCCUAAAGAAUUUGAUUAUGAUUAUGAUCCAAAACAAGAUGAUGAAUCUGAAUCAUCAAAAUCUGAAUCAGAAGAAGAAAGCUUGAUCAUUAAGUGCAAAAAGUAUGUAAAGAAAAAAUAUCAUCAAUAUAAAAAUGAUAUUUCAAAUUUUUUGGAAUAA